AUGAUUUUUCUAAUGGACCUCCAGAUGAUGCUGCUGGAUGUGAUUUACUUUAUUCUGCGCAAUACUGUACGCAUAUUCCUGCGUCCACGUACAAAACCUAUUGAUGGUGAGCUGGUCCUUAUCACCGGAGCAGGUGGUGGCCUGGGUCGUCUCUUUGCUCAGGAGUUCACCAAGCACGGAGCAGAAGUGGUGCUGUGGGACAUCAACAGCAGUUCCAAUGAGCAGACAGCCAAGCUGGUGCAUGAGAUGGGGGGUAAGGCAUACACCUACACAGUGGAUGUGACCAACAGGGAGGAUGUGUAUCGCAAUGCAGAACUUGUGAGGAAGGACCUGGGCCGAGAUGUUACAAUACUGGUGAACAACGCUGGAGUGGUGGCUGGCCAACGUAUGUUGGACUGUCCAGACGAAUUGAUGGAGAGGACCAUGAAGGUCAACUGCCAUGCUCUCUUCUGGACUGUGAAGGCCUUCCUCCCUCAAAUGAAGGCCCAGAAUCACGGACACAUUGUGACGAUUGCCAGCGUCCUCGGCCUCUUCAGCACAGCUUGUGUUGAGGAUUACUGUGCUAGUAAGUUUGCUGCAGUGGGCUUCCACGAGUCUCUGGCCCAUGAGCUGCUGGCUGAUGAGGUUGAAGGAGUGAAGACUACUCUUGUGUGCCCCUACAUUGUGGACACGGGCAUGUUUGAGGGCUGCAAGAUACGGGAGGAAGUGGAACUGCUUCUGCCUUCUCUGGAUCCCCAAUACUGUGUUGAGCAGGCCAUGAAUGCCAUUCUGAUAGACCAGCCAUUGGUGUGCAUCCCGCGUCUCACCUAUCUGCCUUUCCUCUCUAGAGCGUUAUUGCCAUGGGAAUCCAAUGCAGUUGUGUAUCGUUUCAUGGGGUCUGACAAGUGCAUGUACCCCUUCAUUGAUACCAUGAAGAAACAAGUGUCAAAUGGUGUCACUAACGUUGUAUUGUAA